AGUUCCUAAAUUUUAACGUAAUAAACCAAUCGGAAUAAAGUGAAGAAAUAGUGAUAUGUAACCUUGCCAAGUUUAACAACAACAACUACUAAAACUUAUGUGCUACACAAAAUAGCAACAUAUUUGAUCGACAAAAUGAACAACAAAUUCGAAGCGCUAAAAGCAGAAGACAGCAGUGGAUCCGGGGAUGAAGAAAUUGAAAAACAAGAACCAGAGUCACCACCCAGACCUCCCCCGAAACCUGGCCCAGGAGAGCACCCAUUGCAGUACAACUAUGGUUUCUGGUACUCCAGAAAAUCCCAGGGAAACAAGUCAGCCAGUUACGACGCAAACCUUAAGCUCAUAGGGACAUUCGCCUCGGUGGAACAGUUCUGGAGACAUUACUGCCACAUUGCCCGUCCCAGUGAUCUCAACGGCCACACAGAUUAUCAUCUGUUUAAAGAAGGGAUACGUCCAAUGUGGGAGGACAGUGCAAACAAGAAUGGUGGUAAAUGGAUCAUCAGGUUGAAGAAAGGUCUGGCGUCCCGCUGCUGGGAGAAUCUCAUCAUGGCCAUGUUGGGAGAGCAGUUCAUGGUGGGAGAGGAGAUCUGUGGUGCGGUUAUCUCCAUCAGAUAUGCUGAGGAUAUUUUAUCAUUAUGGAAUCGCACAGCCAAUGAUGGGGUUACAACUGCGAGAAUUCGAGACACAUUAAAACGUGUCUUAAAUCUUCCUCCAAACACAGUCAUGGAGUACAAAACCCACGUUGACAGUAUAAAGGAUAAUUCCAGUUUUAGAAACACUGAUGUUUUCAUGAGAUAGCCGAAAUGGGAUGGUUUUUAUGAAGAAUGGCUGUCAUUGACAAAUGGAACUGAAUUGAGGUUUUCUAUGUGGUGUGCAUCAGAUAUGAAGCAUUGGAGGAUAUCACAUUUAAUGGUUGAAGUUGUUUAAUUGUGAAAUGUUGAAUGUUUUUAUUAAAUGAAAGUGAAGUGGAAUUUUACAGUAUUAUAAAGUAAGGUUUCAUAUAGCGUAGAUGUUUUAACCCUUUACCAAUUAGAUACGUAUUUUUGACGCAUUUGUAUUCUCAUAGAAAGUUAAAUUUAAUUAAACACCUUUCUUACUAAAUUCAAGUUUCAAAGGCUUCGUUUUCAGCCCUUUAGUACUAAUGAGCAGCAAACAGCAUAAAACCUGAAAAGACUCACUACGAGUUACUCGCAGGCUUUUAUAUAUAUAUAUUUUUUUUUUUUGACAUGCAGGCUGUUCUGGUUUUAUGCUGGUUGCAAAAGCCAUUUUCACUUUGUUUAUUAUUGGGGAAAGAGUUAAAUCAACCUUUGCGACUGAAUCUAAAAUAUUUCCAGGUUAUUACUUAUCAUAGAUAUUGAUCAGGGAUGUGAUUUUUAAUGUUGCAGCUGUUUUUCUAUCGUCAUUGCCCAGCUUUAUUGUUCCCUACUGGUUUCACCGGAGGGGACUUAUGGUUUGCGCUCUGUGUGUCCAUCAGUUCGUCAGUCAGUCAGUCCGUGAGUCUGUCACACUUUUCUUGAUACUGCGAUAACUUAACAAGUUCUUCAUAUUUUUUCAUGAAACUUGAAACAUGGAUAGAUGGCAUAUGGACAUUGUGCACGUCAUUUCAUUUUGUUCCUUCAUCAAAAAUUUUGGUUGCUAUGGCAACAAAUAUUUAAAAACAAAUCUGACAAUUCUGGAGCCGGUAGGGGACAUAUAUUGCUUGAUUGGCAGUAGUCUUGUUAUCCUUGUUCUGGGAUAACUGGACUGGAUGCAUGUGCGUAAAGUGUUGUCCCAGAUAAACCUGUGUUAUUUGCACUGGCUAAUCAGGGGCAACACUUUCCGCUUAUAUAGUUGAUUUCGUUUAAAGGAAGUUUCUUCAUAUGUUAAAUUCAGUGUAGGAGAAAAGUGUGGUCCUAUAUUAGCCUGUGUGGAUUUCAUAGGCUAAUCUGGGACGACUCUUGAUACAUGCAUUAAGCACUGUUUUCCCAGAAGCAGCUUUAAUUAUGCUAGUUUAAACAUCCCUUGAAAUGAGAAGUUUGGCUUUUAUACAUGAACUCUUAUAGAGAAUGUUCCGAAUUCUCACCCGUUCAUAAAUCUAUUAAUAAUAAGAAUUUCUGCUUUUUAUUUAACUGUGAACAUUUUUUAGUUUUUAAUGUAAAUAUCCUAUGUGUUACAAUACCGCAUACGAAUGAAAGCAGCUUGAUAUUACAUUUAGAAAUUGAGUUGUAAUGAUUCUGUUGAAAUAAAGAGUUAACACCUCUCAA